AUGGCGGACUUGAAAACUCGAGGUAUCUCUUCCGGCAUGUUCAACACGGUCAAUGUGGAGGCCGCUAUGAUAUACCAUGAAUUAGCUGGAAGUCCAGGGAGAGUUGAUACCGAAGACAGCAGUUUCGGAGUCAUAACUCUGGCAGACAACGCCAUAGUUCUCUUUAACUUUGUGACACCGGAUUUUGUGAAUGACAAAUUUUUGAAAAAGAGGACAAAAAUGUGGAAGCACGCGGUCUUUUUUCAGGGCGGACGCAAUUCAACGGCCACGAAAGUGGAUUCUCAGUUUUGGAUCGAUCAGUCCUAUACAUUUGAGAAUCCCAAACGUCUUCAUCACUUCCACUAUAUCUACCAGCACGAUGCCGGCUGCAAGCUCCUCAAGUGCAACAAUAUCAUCGCUAGCACACUUGAAAGUGCCUUCUUAGCACAGCCUUCGUUCAAUGAAUACUUUCAGCUAAACACGCGAACCAAUGCGUCUCAACUCAAGGGAGGAGGAUAUUACGCCUCGGCUUUCAUUGGAGUUUUCUUCGUGGGAAUCUUGGCAGACCGAUGGGGUAGAAAGAGGGCCAUCGCUGUGGGUGCCAUUUUGACUCUCAUUUCGGGUGCCCUUCUCAGCGCGUCAGUCAAUGUGGCAAUGUUCAUUGCCUUCAGAUUUCUCAGUGGAGCAGGAUCAUCCAUUCUUCUCGCUGGUGUUCCGCUCUGGAUGAAUGAAGUUGUUUCUGCGAAAGACCGAGGUCCACUUGUUGAUAUUCAUGGAGCAAUGUUUCAGGUUGGCUUCGCAAUGUCCUCGUGGGUGGGUUACGGAUUCUACUCCAUAACCUCAAGGACCAUUGAUGCAUGGAGAGCACCUCAAGCCUUUCAGUGUUUAGCGCCCCUAAUAACGUUAGCCAUUCUGCCAUUUCUACCCGAAAGUCCUCGUUGGCUUCUACUGAAAGAUCGGGUCGAAGAGGCUCGCCAAAUCCUGUCACGAUCUCACUCGAUCGAAGAGUGCAAUAUUGAGCUGGCGCAGAUUCACACCCAAAUGCAGAUCGAUCGAUCGUUGAAUAGCAGCUAUGUGCACAUUUUUCGGAAAUCAAGCUACCGAAAACGUGCUUUUCUAGCAAUUUGUACUUGCGUAAUGGCUCAAUGCUCUGGAGUUCUUGUGGUUAACAAUUACGGGCCAACCAUCUACGCUAGCCUCGGAUACGAUAAUGACAAGCAGUUGCUGCUUUCCGCGGUUUGGUCAACUUUUGGUGUUUUUUGCAGCUUCGCCGGCCUGACCUUUGUGGAUCGACUUACUCGACCACGACUGCUAUCCUUCGGUCUGUUCGUUUACUGUGGCGAAUUAUUCCCAUCAGCCUUGAGAGCCAAAGGAUUGUCGCUUGGGGUCGCCGGCAUAAAUCUCACAAAUGUUCUCUUCUUGACCGUUGCGCCCGUUGCAUUUAGUCACAUUGGUUGGAAGUUCUACCUCGUCUUCAUUAUCACAAGCGGACUGUCUGCCGUUGCUAUACUUUUCCUGUGGCCCGACACACAUGGUCUACGUCUUGAGGAGAUAGAUGCCUUAUUCGGGGAUAACGUUGGAGGGCUUGACGAAUCGACGGUCGAUGGAAAUCUAAAUGUCAAGGGGGCUGUUAGUUCAAAGCUAGAGGACAGCUCUGAGCACCUGGAAUUUGCUCAGGUUUGA